AUGGCGCUUAAUGAUACACGUGCAAAUAAUUGUGGCGCACCCUGUACAUUUACUACUUCCACUUACAGAGCAGGAGCUUAUCGCUGCAAGAAAGGAGCUGCUGACAUACUUUCACUUCUCACAUGCAACUGUUUUGCAUGUUUACGUGCUGCCGGAAUAGCCAACAGCUUUUUCUGGAAAUAUCGCCACGUACUAGCCAAUGCCAUUAUUGCAAUCAAUUUCUAUAGCAUCAGUGUUCGUUGUUUUGGAAUCACACUGAUUUCAGUACAUAGAUAUGUAAGCAUUUGCACAGAAAGGACACUGAUUCAUGAUUUGAUGGAAAAGAUACCGCUGACUGUUUUGGCAGUCGUGCAGUGGAUUGCCGCCCUCAUAGCCGUGACUCCUUCAAUGACUUUACUUAAUGCAACCUUCACUUCAGAGGAGACUGUGACACUAGAGAUCGAUCCCCGCUACCUCAGGUCUGCCGAUUUGGCUGCAUUCAUGUCAGCUAUCACUUCAGCCGUUAUCUCCUUGAUUUGCUACAUUUUCGUGCUGAUUCACGUCAAAAGAUGUGCUUUCGGGCAGAAAAGUUAUGCCUUUCGGCUCACUUUUCAAAUCAGCGGUCUGAUACUUGCCCUUCUACUGGUCUUCUUAUUUUAUAUGGGCCGCUACCUGCCAAAUCUAUGGGAAGUUUCUUCCCUACCUUCGAUAUAUGUAGCAUUGAAUGCCAUUCUGUCAUGUAUACAUCCAUGGACAUACUUUAUUUUCAACGGAGAAGUCAGAAGAAAAGUUAUGAAUACAGCAAAAUGCAAAGGAGACGCAGUGAACACACAAAGGAGGCAGACUAUAACGAUCACAGUACCUCCUGCAUCAAGGACGUAACGGACACAGUCCGAUCUUUGUUGGAAGUCAUGACAAUUCAAGAGGACCUCUACGGAGUAUCUCAGCUGUCGAACCUCAUCAGAUGGAAGCGUAAAAUAACCUAUGAUAUUUUUAUACCGAUGCAAUUUGCUCGUUGUUUCUCGCGGCUUACUCCGCUGGUAAUUAGAGAUAUUGUCACAUUUGUUACGCAGUAUAAUUUUUCGUCUGGAA